AUGCGGGAUGAGAUCCCCUGUGCCUUCCCCAUCCGAUCCUGGCUGCUGUCAGACGGGGCUGGACUAAUCGCUCCUGCCGGCCUGGUUGGAUUUCAUGUGGAUCGAAGCGUCUCCUGUACCCACAGGUUCCUGCACCUGUUCGUCCUCUGCCUCCAGGUUCAGGUAACUGUUCAGUCCCCACCUAAUUUUACACAGCAUGUGAGGGAGCAAAGCCUGGUGACAGACCAGCUCAGCCGGCGGCUCGUCCGCACCUACCAGCUGUACAGCCGGACCAGCGGGAAGCACGUCCAGAUCCUAGACAACAAGAAAAUCAACGCCAUGGCGGAGGACGGGGACGCCCACGCCAAGCUCAUCGUGGAGACGGACACGUUCGGGAGCCGCGUGCGCAUCAAGGGGGCCGAGACGGGCUUCUACAUCUGCAUGAACAAGAAGGGCAAGCUCAUCGGCAAGAGCAACGGCAAAGGCAAGGACUGCGUCUUCACGGAGAUCGUCCUGGAGAACAACUACACGGCGCUGCAGAACGCCAAGUACGAGGGCUGGUACAUGGCCUUCACCCGCAAGGGCCGCCCGCGCCGCGGCUCCAAGACCCGGCAGCACCAGCGCGAGGUGCAUUUCAUGAAGCGCCUGCCCAAGGGCCACCACACCACGGAGCCCCAUCGCCGCUUCGAAUUCCUCAACUACCCCUUCAACCGGAGAAGUAAAAGGACUAGGAACUCCAGCCGCCGGGCAGGGCCUUGACCGGCCCGGCCGUGCCCUCCUCUCCUUGCCGUGGAGACGGGCGGACACAGAGUAGAGAGACUUUCCUGUACGGUGAUCCCCAAAAAAAUGAGAGGAAAAAAAAGGAGGGAAAAAACAAACAAUAAAAGCCGGGAUCUCGUUGUUUAUAACUUUUUUUCUUGCUUUGAUUUUGGUUCUUUUGUGGUCGGAGAAAAGACCCAGACAGACAGACAGAAGCUCUAUUUUUGUAUUGCCGGCGCUGGAGAGGACCGACUCGAGAGACUCGCGGAGGGGGCACCGCGCGCCGACGUAGCCGCCUUCUAGUCCCUUCGCGGCGGUGUCGUCUCCGUUAUUUUUGUAGUGCUAGGGGGAAA